AUGCCGGUCCGCUGCCGGCUUCCCACGAUCACCACGCUCAGACCCACGGUUCAUGUGCCUUUUCGAGAAGAAAUCUGCCUUUUGGUUGGGCGAAGCCCCGCCAUCAGGUCACAGAAGCUGCCCGAGACUGACUCAGCCAGCAUGGAGCGGGGGGCUGUGCGCGCCCCCUGCGAACACGCUGAGGCUGGAGCGCUGGCCCAGGGCUGCUGCAGAAACCGUGAACUUCCGGAGGAGGCUCAUGGAACCGGGAACCAGGAGCCCAGGAGCCCUCCGAGGCCCGAGGUGCCUUACUGCGACCUGCCCAGCCGCCCGCCUGCCUCUGAGCCCCCCGCGGGGGUCACCAUCUCCGGCUGCACAGCUCCAACGGGCCCGGGCCCCCGCUCAGGCACCCCCGAGAGGGACCCAGUGGCCGAGUGCCCCAGCGCCUCUGGAAGCAGAAGCUGGGACCCCGAGUCUGUGCCCUAUCUAGAGGGCCUGACCCCGGCCCCGGGGGGCAGCUGGGACCAGGACGAGGACAGUGACUCCACUACCAGUUCCAGCUCUGACGGUGGCGACGCCCCUGAUGAUACCAGCAACUCCUCUGUGGGGUGGCAGGAGAGACACGGCUGCGAGCAUCUCCCCACCAUGAUCCCGAGGAAGACGCAGGAGGGGCCCAGAGCAGACAGUGCUCGCCCAGCUGCAGUGCCCGCCCGGUCCCCCGCGGGAGAAGACGCCUCUGGACAGAGGAAGGAGGAUCCCGGUGGCGGGUGCCGGAGUGCUGGCCAGCGCUGGGCAAAGCUCCGGGGAGAGAGUGGCCACUUCCUGGACCGCCACCGGCCCGCGCUCAGCCCAGCCCCCGGCACGGAUGCCCCAGGGGGGCCGCGCAGUGGCACCACCCCGACCCCUGGUCACCGUGGCUCUGCCCACAGGGACACUGUCCCGGCUGCUUCCACACCGCCUGAGGCCCGACCCUCCCCGUGGGACAAGGCCAGGACCUUAGUCACCCCCCAGGAGCCCUCCCGGGCCUCUGCCACCCAGCACAGCCGCCUUGGAGCCCCGUCCCCCUCCAGGGUCGCCCAGAGGGACAACGCCAGAGCCUCCUCCGCCCAGCGCAGCGACUCGCAAGGUUCCUCACCCACCAGAGCCCCCCAACAAGAACAUUCUAGAACUUCAUCCCUCCAGCAGGAAAACCCUUCAGACCCUUUUCCUCACCCACAGGACAGGCACAGAACAACUUGUAGCCAACAGGACCAGCCCAGAGCCUCCUCACCCCACAGAACCCCUCAAAGGGGAACUUCCAGAACAUUCUGUGCCCAACAAGACAGCCUCAGAGCUUCCUCGCCCCACAGAACCCCCCAAAAGGAAAAUUCCAGAACAUUUGGUGCUCAGCGGGACAACCCCAGAGCCUCAUCUCCCAACAGAUCCCCCCAGAAGGAAAAUUCCAGAACAUUCUGUGCCCAGCGGGACAACCUCAGAGCCUCAUCUCCCAACAGAUGCCCCCAAAAGGAAAAUUCCAGAACAUUCUGUGCCCAACGGGAUAACCCCAGCACUUCUUCACCCAUCAGAAGCCCCCAAAAGGAAAACUCCAGAACAUUCUGUGCCCAGCGGGACAACCCCAGCACCUCCUCGCCUAACAAGUCCCCCCAGAAGGAAAACUCCAGAACAUUCUGUGCCCAGCGGGACAACCCCAGCACCUCCUCGCCUAACAAGUCCCCCCAGAAGGAAAACUCCAGAACAUUCUGUGCCCAGCGGGACAACCCCAGAGCCUCGUCUCCCACCAGAACCCCCCAGCGGGACAACCCAAGGACUUGUGCCCCGCAGAGCAGCCCCAGGAGCUCCUCGACCUCACGGGACGCCCCCAGACCCUCCUGCGGCCAGCGGGGUAACGGCCGGCCCUCGCCCACCCCCCGGGAGCCCCCGCCGGCCUCUCCCCCGGGGAGGGACAACCCGGGGGCCUCCCCGCCCGGCCGACCCCGCCGGGGCGCCAGCAGGGGCCCCCCCCGGAGCCACUCCCCGCACCGGACCAACCGGGACAUCCCCUGGGCCUCCUUCCCGCUGCGGCCCACCCAGGGCGACGGCCCCCGGCCCGCGUCCCCCGCGCGCGCCAAGCAGAGCGAGGUGCCCUGGGCGUCCAUCGCGCUCCGGCCCACGCAGGGCGACCGCGCCCCCCGCCCGCGUCCCCCGCCCGGCCGGCCCGGACCCCCUGCCAGCCCCCGGGCCCGCCGGGCGCCCCCCCGCCCCGCCGCCCGCACUGCGCCCCCGGCCCCCAUGGAGCCGCCGCCCGCCUGCGCCGUGUGCAUCGGGCACCGCGACGCCCCGCGCGCCUCGUCGCCGCCCCGCCACCUGCAGCACGACCCCUUCCCCUUCUUCCCCGACCCCCGCGCCUCCGAGGGCGACGGGCCCCGCCACGAGCCCCCCUACGUGCCCCCCGCCGUGUGCAUCGGCCACCGCGACGCGCCCCGCGCCUCGUCGCCGCCGCGCCACGCGCAGUUCGACCCGUUCCCGUUCCUGCCCGACGGGGCGGGCGCGCAGGACGCGGGGCCGCACCACGAGCCGCCGCAGUUCCCGCCGUUCGCCUGCAUCGGGCACCGCGACGCGCCGCGGGCCUCGUCCCCGCCGCGCCAGCCCCCCGAGCCCGGCCCGCUGCUGCGCGACCCGGCCCGGGCCAGCGCCGAGAGCCUCGCGGCCGCCUCCGCGGACCCCCCGCACGCGCCCGGCCCCGUGUGCAUCGGCCACCGCGACGCGCCCGGCUUCUCGGCGCCGCCGCGCCAGGGCCCCGCCGCCGAGCCGGGCCUCUGCCUCCAGGACGCCCCCGGGGCCAGCCUGGAGAGCCUGGUCGCCGCCUCCGACUCCCUGCGCGGCUCGCCGGGGCCGCCCGUGUGCAUCGGGCACCGGGACGCGCCGCGCGCCUCGUCCCCGCCCCGCCACCCGCCCAGCGACCUGGCGCUCCUGGCGACCUCGCCGCCCCCGGGCGGCUCGGGGGGCUCCCGGGGCUCCGCGCCCCCCGGGGAGACCAGGCACAACCUGGAGCGGGAGGAGUACUCGGUGCUGGCCGACCUGCCGCCCCCCCGGAGGCGGGUCCAGCGGGAGCCCCCCCAGCCCCGGCCCCCCAGCCCCGGCCGCGCCGAGGUGGAGCGCCUCUUCGGGCAGGAGCGCAGGAAGUCUGAGGCGCCGGGGGCCUUCCAGGCCCGGGAGGAGGGGCGCUCGCGGCAGUCGGGCCCCGGCCAGAUGCAGCUUCUCCGGACACAGUCCAGCCCUGCUCUGGGCAGGGAGGUGACCCCACAAGCAGAGCCUGCCCGCCGGAGCCGCGCAGACCCCAGGAGCCCCCAGAGGCGACCCCCAGACACCUCACCGCCCCCGAGGACCUCAGCCAGGACCCCCGAGAGAGAGCGGCGGGCCGAGAGCGUGCGGGGGCGAGACCCCGCAACCCCAAGACAGCCUGUGGGGGGCUGGUCGGGGCCGGACCCACCCACAGGCUGCCCGGCUGCCCACAGGCGCCCGGAGGGAAGCUGGACCAGCCUGGAGGAGGCGGCCCUGGACCGGGGCGCGCGAAACUGCACCAUCGGGGCCCCGGAGGGAGCAGGGCGGGCUCCCCCCGGGGAGUCCGGGGGGCGUUGGGGGGAACUGGGUGCGCCCCCCUGCCACGGAGGACAUUCAGGGGCCUGGGAGGCGGCCCCCCGGAAUGGACCACGGGAGCCCCCGCACAGGACGGCCCCGAGGGGCUGGGGCAGCCUUCAGGAGCUGUUCGGCCCCCAUCAGCCCAGGGGUCCCCCGGACAGCACCCGCGGGGGCCCCGCGGGGUUUUCAGCAUCCCGGUGGCCCGAGACCCCCCCAGACAGAGGGCCCGGGGUGGCGUGCCCGCACCAGCCCGGCACCCCCGAGAAGCGCCCCGAGUUUGACUGGCGGGACCUGGUGGGCCUCCUGGGGGCGCGGGAACCCGCGGGGUCCCCCAGCCUCCCGCGGCUGUGCUGGGACCGGCUGCUGGAGCUGCUGCAGGCGCCGCUGCCCCGCAGGGACCCCGGGCCCACGCACGACCCCCAGGCGCCCGUGCCGCACAGCCAGCCCGAGGGCGCGAUCCUGGCGCCCCUGCUCAACGGACACGACCCAGGCCAGGGGCCCCCGGGCGAGGGCCAGGAGCCCAGCCCUGCCUGCACCCCCGCCCCGUGGCCAAGCACCGAAGUGGACACCAGUGGCCAGGAGACGACGGUCCCUUGCGACCUGGAGGAGGCGCCCAGUUUGCCAGAGGAGAAGUUACACUCAGAGGAGCCGGAGGAGUCAGACCCGAACCAAGGCCCAGAUGCACCAGAGCAGAAGCAGAAGCAGGCUGACUCGGCAGACAAGAGGCCAGCCGAGGGCAAGGCGGGCAGCCCACUCAAGGGCCGACUGGUGACCUCAUGGCGGAUGCCCGGGGACCGCCCCACGCUGUUCAAUCCGUUCCUGUUGUCCCUGGGGGUCCACAGGUGGCAAAGGCCCGACCUGCUCAACUUCAAGAAGGGAUGGAUGUCGAUCCUGGACGAGCCGGGCGAGUGGAAGAAGCACUGGUUUGUGCUCACCGACUCCAGCCUCAAGUACUACCGGGACUCCACUGCCGAGGAGGCAGAUGAGCUGGACGGGGAGGUGGACCUCCGGGCCUGCACCGACGUCACCGAGUACGCAGUGCAGCGCAACUAUGGCUUCCAGAUCCACACCAAGGACGCCGUCUACACCUUGUCGGCCAUGACCUCGGGCAUCCGGAGGAACUGGAUCGAGGCCCUGAGGAAGACUGUGCGGCCCGCCUCGGCGCCCGAUGUCACCAAGCUCUCGGACAGCAACAAGGAGAACACGCUGCACAGCUACGGCGCCCCCAAAGGCACCCUGAGGGCGGGAGAGCCGCGCGGGGGUUCGACCCGGAGGUCCGACGGACCGCGGCCGGCGCUGGACUACGUGGAACUGUCGCCGCUGAGCCAGGGGUCCCCGCAGCGGGCGCGCCCCCCCACGCGGCCCCUCGACCGGCCGGCCAAGCAGGAGGAGCUGGAGCGGGACCUGGCCCAGCGCUCCGAGGAGCGGCGCCGGUGGUUCGAGGCCACAGACGGCGGCAGCCGGGGCUCCGAGCCGGCCGCGGGCACCGGGGAGACGCCUCGCCGGGGCCUGGGCGCCCCCCUGACCGAGGGCCAGCAGAGCCGCCUCAGCGAGGAGAUCGAGAAGAAGUGGCAGGAGCUGGAGAGGCUCCCACUGCGCGAGGGUCGCCGGGUGCCGCUGUCCGCCCUCCUCAACCAGGGCCGCAGCGACGGCCACGAGGCGCUGGAGAGAGAGGUGCAGUCGCUUCGAGCACAGCUGGAGGCGUGGCGGGCCCGCGGGGAGCCCCCCGGGGCCCAGGAUGACGGCCGUGUCCCCCCAGGCUACAUCUCCCAGGAGGCCUGCGAGCGCAGCCUGGCGGAGAUGGAGUCGUCGCACCAGCAGCUGAUGGAGGAGCUGCAGCGGCACCACGCGCGCGAGCUGCAGCGGCUGCAGCAGGAGAAGGAGCGGCUCCUGGCCGAGGAGACGGCGGCCACCGCCUCGGCCAUCGAAGCUGUGAAGAAGGCCUACAAGGAGGAGCUGAGCCGGGAGCUGAGCAAGACUCGGGGCGUCCAGCAGGGCCCCGAUGGCCUGCGGAAGCAGCACCAGUCGGACGUGGAGGCGCUGCGGCGCGAGCUGCAGGUGCUGUCGGAGGGCUACUCGCAGAAGUGCCUGGAGAUUGGCGCGCUGACGCGGCAGGCCGAGGAGCGCGAGCACCAGCUGCGCUGCUGCCAGCAGGAGGGCCAGGAGCUGCUGCGCCACAACCAGGACCUGCACGCACGCCUGUCCGAGGAGAUCGAGCGGCUGCGCAGCUUCAUCGCGUCGCAGGGCGCGGGCAACGGCUGCGGGCGCGGCGGGGAGCAGCGGAGCUCGUGCGAGCUGGAGGUGCUGCUCCGGGUGAAGGAGAACGAGCUGCAGUACUUGAAGAGGGAGGUGCAGGCCCUCCGGGAUGAACUGCAGACGCUGCAGAAGGACAAGCGCUUCAGCUCCGGGCAGUACCAGGACGUGUACGUGGAGCUCAACCACAUCAAGACGCGCUCGGAGCGGGAGAUCGAGCAGCUGAAGGAGCACCUGCGCCUGGCCAUGGCGGCGCUGCAGGAGCGGGCCGGGCCGCGCAACAGCCUGGCCGACUAGAGGUCCCGGCCACAAGCCCGUCACCCUCCUGUCCUGCCGGACGGAAGUCAGAAGCCAAGCUUUCUCCCCACCUAUGAGGGCCGCACCCGCACACACACCCGCAGAACACACAAGCCCAACACACCCAACACACAGGCAUGCCCACAUGUGCACGGUCUCACACACACACACACACACAUUCACACGUGCGCGGAAACACACACAUUCAUACGUGCUCAGGCACAGACUCAGUCACACAUGCGCAGACACAAACACACACACACACACACACGUGUGCGGGCACACCCAUGCACGGGCACACAGACACCCACGUGUACGCGGGCACAGACACGCACGCCCGCGCGCACACACCCUCUGCGUAUCUGAGCGCGUCCCUCACACUGGGUCUUAUUUGCACCUUCUUCCGGAUUUUAUAUGUGAAGAGAUUUUUAUAUAGAUUUUCUCCUUUGUUCCAAACACUUUAUACUUUUGAGCAAUCCUCGGUGGCCGCGUCCCGGCUGCCCAGAGCCGGACCCUUCUCCCCACCCUACCUCCCACUAACUACUUCCUGUCGCGGAGGCCCCCCCGGGCCCUGGACCCUGGACAGAGAGACAGACGGAGAGGGGGAGCCGGCAGCGGGCCCCAGCCCCCUCGCGAUCCAGAGCCGUGGGCCCGCCCGAGGCCCCCAUGAAGAUGCGUCUCUCCUGCCCCAAGAACCUUCUUAACUUAAUAAA